UGCUUGUACCUGAUCUCUCUUAAUCGUUAAAAAGAAUUCGAAGAGUCAAUACUGAUAAGUUGUUUUUCUUAAUAUGACCGACGCAGAAAAUUUAUCCGAAAAUGUUCGCGUAAGUAUCGAAGAUGAUAAGAAAGAAGAAAGAGGUCAUAACAAAUCAAAUAAAAAAGAAGAAUGUCAGACUGAAGUAGCUGAGGAUAAUAUCAUUAAGGAUGAAUUAAACGAUGAUGACGUAGAUGAGAUCGAUGGAGUAGUUCACACAGUUGAGGAAUUGUCACUAGAAAAUAAAGACGAAAAGGCGGAAGACGUCACGGAAGAGUUAGAAAAAGCAGAUGCAGCACAAUCAUCCACAUUUAGGUCCGAAUCGUCCGAUCCUAGAAAGAAAUUUUCUAAAUUUGCACCUAGAAGUUUAAUAGACGUUCCAGACUACGCGUAUGUGUCCAUAGAUGGUAGUUUUCAAUCAUCGUUUUAGGUUAAGGUGUUAUAAAUAUUUUUUUAUUUUUAAAAUUGUUUGCCUUAUACUAUAGUACAGUUGAUCCAAAAGAUGGCAUAACCCAGACAUCCAAAGUGAAAGUUAUCCUUCAACACCAAAUUGUUCUAUAUGGUGCACACAAUGUCCAGAAAAAAGUCACACCAUUUUGAGCGUCGGGUUUGGGGGAAGGGGAGAGGGGGGAGAAAUCGGCAAAUUCGUAGUUUUUUAAGUUUUUCGUCAAUAUUUGCGGUUUAGCAUGAACAACCCUCUAUACAAAAUUAUUCUACAUUAAAUUUGAAAUAAAAAAGGUCCUAUACAUAAUCUUUCUAAAAUGAAUGGUUCCAAAGUUACGGAGGUAGUAUAGUAUAACUGGUCCAAAAAAAGGCCUAACCCAAACAUCCAAAGUAAAAGUUUUCCUCCAACACCAAAAUGUUCUAUAUGGUCCACAUUAUUGUUUAGAAAAAAGUUAUACCAUUUUGAGCGUCCGGUUUGGGAGGGUGAUGGGGGGGAAGUUUUUCGUCAAUAUUUCUAAAACUAUGCUUUAGCGUAAACAAUGUUAUAUACAAAAAUGUUCUACAUGAAAUUUAAAACAAAAGAUGUUCUAUACAUAAUUGUUAUAAAAUCAACGGUUCCAGAGUUACGGAGGGUGAAAAGUCGAGGUUUUCGAUACUUUUUAUAUUUUUUGGGCAAUAUUUAUGAUAUAACUAUACCAAAAACCCAGACAUCCAAAGUGAAAGUUAUCCUCCAACACCAAAUUGUUCUAUAUGGUCCACAUAAUGUUCAGAAAAAAGUCACACCAUUUUGAGCGUCGGGUUUGGGGGGGGAGAGGAGGAAGAAAUCGGUAAAUAUAAAAAGUAUCGAAAACCUCCACUUUUCACCCUCCGUAACUCUGGAAACGUUGAUUUUAUAACAAUUAUGUAUACAACCUUUUUUGUUUUAAAUCUCAUGUAGAACAAUUUUCUAUAGACUAUUCCUUACGCUAAAGCAUUAUUUUAGAAAUAUUGACGAAAAACGUAAAAGAAGUACUAAUUUACCGACUUCUCCCCAAUCUCCCCCCCAAACCGGACGCUCAAAAUUGUGUAACUUUUUACUGAACAAUAUGUGGACCAUAUAGAACAAUCUAGUGUUGAAGGAAAACUUUUACUUUGGAUGUCUGGGUUAGGCCUUUUUUUGGACGAAUUAUACUAUACUACCUCCGUAACUUUGGAACCGUUCAUUUUAGAAGGGUUAUGCAUUGGGCCUUUUUUAUUUCAAAUUUAAUGUAGAACAAUUUUGUGUAGAGGGUUGUUCAUGCUAAACUGCUUAGUUUUAGAAAUAUUGACGAAAAACUUAAAAAACUACGAAUUUGCAGAUUUCUCCCCCCUCUCCCCCCCAAACCCGACGCUCAAAAUGGUGUGACUUUUUUCUGAACAUUAUGUGGACCAUAUAGAACAAUUUGGUGUUGAAGGAUAACUUUCACUUUGGAUGUCUGGGUUUGGGUCUAACUAUACCAUACUAUUAGCAGUAUCAUGUUAAUUUAUGUUUAUCUUUUGUCUUGGUCGAAUAUUUUAUACAGAUCAGUUUUAUGAUAAUAAAAUUUACCAUAAAA